GGGGACCGGAAGUGGAGGCGCUGCUGCUUGGUGCUGGGGCCCGAGGAGGGGACGCGCGCCGGAACGGGGUCGCCGGGACCUAGGGAGCGACAGACGCGCAACACGCCGACGCCGCAGCCGCUGGGGGCCCGCACGGACCCUCUGCCUCUAAACUUCUCUGUUGCCUUCGUUAAAACAUCCCAAAGACCUGUGUCAGGACUCUGAAAGGCUAUCCUUAAGAGUCACCCACUUCCUUCGGCGACGAGGCCGAGACAUUGGUGAUUUGGCCGAUGGCCUACCAGCUAGGUGUAGAAUGAGCCAAGGAGACUCGAACCCAGCAGCUAUCCCACAUGCAGCGGAAGAUAUUCAAGGAGAUGACAGGUGGAUGUCUCAGCAUAAUAGGUUUGUUUUGGAUUGUAAAGACAAAGAGCCGGACGUGCUGUUUGUGGGAGACUCUAUGGUACAGUUGAUGCAGCAGUAUGAGAUAUGGCGAGAGCUGUUUUCCCCACUCCAUGCACUUAAUUUUGGAAUUGGGGGAGAUACAACACGACAUGUUUUAUGGAGACUAAAGAAUGGAGAACUGGAGAACAUUAAGCCUAAGGUCAUUGUUGUCUGGGUAGGAACAAACAACCAUGAAAACACAGCAGAAGAAGUGGCAGGUGGAAUUGAGGCUAUUGUACAACUUAUAAAUACAAGGCAGCCACAGGCCAAAAUCAUUGUACUGGGUCUGUUACCUCGAGGUGAGAAGCCCAACCCUUUAAGACAAAAGAAUGCCAAGGUGAACCAGCUUCUCAAAGUUUCCUUGCCGAAGCUUGCAAAUGUGCAGCUCCUGGAUACAGAUGGGGGCUUCGUGCACUCGGACGGUGCCAUCUCCUGCCACGACAUGUUUGAUUUUCUUCAUCUCACAGGGGGGGGCUAUGCAAAGAUCUGCAAACCCCUCCAUGAACUGAUCAUGCAGUUGCUGGAGGAAACACCAGAGGAGAAGCAAACCACCAUUGCUUGACUGGCCCCAUCAGUGUUAACAGCAUCCCAGCUUCCUCAGAUCAGUUACACCACUGGCACUACAGAAUCCUUUCUUAAGGCACUUUGCAUUGUACGAUGUUCCUGGAUGCUUGUAUCUAAUGUUUGAAGGGGAGGAGGGAAUUUAAAUUGGUCCUGUAUAUAAAGGUUUAUUUGGCACAGGAGAAAAAUUAGCCAAGGAAAAUUCAUUUGAAACCAGAAGGGGAUUUUUUAGUUGUAUAUGACACAUUCGUCAAAUUAUCACUGUUCUUCCUAGGACAACAUCAAGCACGAGUAUUAUAUGAAGAUUCUUGGCCCUUUUUUCUAUGGAUUAUGUUCGUAUGUGAUAAGUAUCACAUCUACUUGGCUUUAAACUUAUUUUUGGUCCAGUUUUAAGGUUCAUGAGUUGGUGUGUUGUGUUGUUUUGUUUGAUUCAUGUAUCCUCAGUAUUUUUAUUUUUAUUAACAUAUAGCAUCAGAUUAAACAUGCUUGUCUCUCAAAUAUGGAAGAUGCUAUAGUUACAAGUGAGUUUGUUCCUCUCAUUCUAGCAGUGAAAACAAGUUCUGGGGACUGUGGGGUAUUAUUUGUAUGCUGCUGAAUAUCAUGUCUGUAAUAGACCCAUGCAUGCAGCCUUUGCUCUGCUUUUCCUUCAUCUCUUUGUAGGUGGAUUAUUUACAUUGCAAGUGUUUAACUCAUUUUUGAUUAGGAUUUGCAUUGCUGUCGGGAUGAUCUUACUGAUGUAUAGCUCAUUCUGGGUGGUGUUCUGUGAUGUAGGGUCUGUGUAGUGUUACUCAUCCCCACCCCUACCACCUGUUAAUGGUUUCCUUUGUUUUGAGCGUUUGGGGUGGGGGUCAGAAUUGUUUCCCAUUCCAUAAUGCCUGAUGUUAUUUCAAGUUUUAUAUUAUCUUAAGGUGUAUAUGUUUGUUUUCAUUAUAUAUAUAUAUACAUAGAUAGUUAUAUAUAUAUAUAUCUAUAUCUAUAUUUUACAGUACUGGAAUCAAACCCAGGGCCUAGCACAUACUAAGCAAAUGCUCUGCCACUGAAGUAAUCCCUAGUCUUGUUUGUUUUGUAAUUGGCUUAAUUCUUAAAUUCUGUCAGUAAAAAAAAUAUUUGGCUUUGUCCAUGAGAAACAGUGAAGCUGCUCUCAAAAUAUAUGUGUUAUCUUUUUUGGAUGUUUUGAAGGCUUUUUUUUUUUUUUUUUCCUCUGUGUAGUCCUGGCUGUCCUGGCUGUCCUGGAACCCUCUUUGUUUACCAGUCUGGCCUCACACCCAGAGAUCAGCCUGCUUCUGCCUCCCCCAUGCUAGGAUCAAAGGUAUGUGCCACCGUGCCCCACUUUGGGUGUGCUGGCUUUAGUCCACCAUUUUAGUAAAGAUGAAUUUGUUUUUUAGUUUUUGAGACAGGGUCUCAUUGUAUAGUUCUGGGUAGGGUGUAACUUACUAUGUAGACUAGGCUGGCCUUGAACUCACAGAGAUCUGCCUGCCCCGCCUCCUGAGAACUGAGAUUAAAGGCAUACACCACCAUGCAGGUGGCUCAUUUGACUUUUAAGGUUCCUCAUACAAUGCACGUUCAUCGAGAUUUCAGGAGAGCUAUUUAUAGUCAUACUGGUUUGCUCUUGAGCUACACAAACUGCCACUUACUUAAGAGAACUACUGUCCAAUAUGCCUGUGGGCCCUGUACAAACUAGAUCUACAAACAUUUUAAACUGGAUCAGGUUGGGGAUUGAAGUAACCCAUUAUACGUGCUUAGUGGUUACAUGCUGGAGCUGUGACCUAGGCUUUCUGUCCUGCUUUCAAAGCAGCUAUCAGGGCUGUUAGAGGAGCUGCUGGUUUGUGCUGAGACCUGUACCCGACUGAGAAGGAUAGAAGUUGGGAUGGUGUUUCCCUGGAGAGUCUCUGUAGGAAUUUAUUUUAAUGCAUAGUCUUGUGAUUGUAUCAUGUCUUCAUUAGCAACAGGAAAAUACACAUGGUGUUUACUAAAAUUGUUUACUACAUUCAAAUUCCCUUUUAUUUUUCUUAGUAGCCCAAGUUCUUGAGUUUUUGAAGACAUUGUUUUCUGAACUGAGGUAUAAUUUUAGGAAGGAGAUCUAAUUAAGCCUGAAUUUUGUGUGUAAAAAGAGCAUUUUUCUACCCAGAUGUUUCUGUGUUCCUCGGAGAGUGGGAGUAUGGUCCAAAUGAAUCCAUUAGGUCACUCCUGCAGUAUGCGCUUGUAGCUUCUCUUGCCCAAGGUUGAACUAGUCCUAUGAGCUGGCCUUCAGCUUCUUCGUAUGUGAAUAAGCCACAGAUGUUACUACAUUUUAUAUCUACCAGAGCUAUUCAAGCACCACUAGCCUUUUAAAUAAAACUCUGCCCUAUUGCUAACGUGCA